GCCAAUCUCAGUGUGGGAUUCGCAGGCAACCCGACAACACUCCGGCUUUUUGAGCGGUCUCCCACCUCCGGAUAAACGAUCUUUCCAUUAGUUUGAGUUUGCGUGAAGGAAAGACUUUGAAUUUAAGCACCAACAUGUGGCAAGCGGUAUUGCUUUGUGCUUGCUUGACGGCAACUUCAGCUUAUCAUUUCGAUCCAAGUCCUAUGCAUGACUUCAACAUGAAAGCCUAUUUGUCUGCGAGGAAGUGGACACCUGUCGGAAUCCAGGUUGUGGAUUUUGACGUGGAUCCUGAUGCGAUGGCAGACCAUCCUGCUGAGGACGAAACGGAAGGUAAAGUCCAUGGUGUCACUACUAUGGACGAGUGUUCAGUCACCAUGGACAAGAUAGCUGCCCUUCCGGCAUACCUCAGGGAACCAAUUGUUUCCUUAGCGGCCAAAAGCAUGGAGAGCCUCGGCAGUGAAGAGGAACCUACUUCUGAGGACCAUUUACAUCUAGAAAAAUUAGACCUGGGUGAAAACACUUUGGAAAAUGAGGACGACUAUGAAGAAAUGACGCUGAGUGACGAGAAAUUGAAGAAACUGGAGAACAGCUUGACUGCUGAAGACGUGGAGAGGAUUAAAAAACAACUCUCUGCUUAUCUCUCAGAAGAUGGGCUAACUGAGGAGGAGAUCGAGAGAGUAGCUCUGGAUAGCCAUGACCUUGCAAAGUCCUUCAUGACAUUCAGAAUUUGGUGGCAGAACAACAAAUUGAUCAGUCUGCGACCCCGUUGCCUCGUGGGAGCGAAUGUCUGUGCUUUUAAGUGGAGAAGACUGUUGUUCCAAGGACGUACGUAUUGCUGCCGACACAGAAAGGGUCUUCCCAGGAUCUUCCAACGGGGAAAUAAAAGGGUUUGCAACUGCUAAGAUUAUCUGUUUAAUAAAUCUGAUGGAAA